CUUCACCUCCUCUCGUCACCUCUGUGAUAACUUACUUGCUGGUAGCUGACAUAAGGCUGGUUGCUCUUCUUAUCAUACAGUUGAAGAUGCCGUCUACUACUCCUUCCGCGAUGUGUGGGCUGAUUGACUGGUCUGCUUCGCCUCCCACACCUGCUGAAUGGAUUAAUUCGUCGAGUAUAUGCGCAAGACUGGUGACCGUCAACAAGCAAGGUCGUAGAGAAGUUUUGGAGUUGAGCAUCGACCGACCGCUGACUAUUGGCCGACACCCUUCAUGGUAUGUGCCUAGCCCCGCGUUCGUUUCGCUACCCUUCGGUCGUAUCCAAUCACGGUGUAAUCGCAGCUCGUAUGUUGUACCCGACAUCGUGGCUUCUGGCAUUCAUUGCAAGCUGUACGCCGUCCGACCCAGCAACGGUGGAGUUCUGGUGUCAUGUUCGGAUCUCUCUACCAAUGGGCUUUUGCUCAACGGGCACAAAAUUCGUAAAACGUCGAUUCUCCUUAUGGAUGGGGAUACCAUCCAGAUUCCGCAUUCACAGAAGUUUGAAUGCAUACACACGCAAAAGUCGCCGCAAAAGGCGAAUAUAUUUGACCCAACACCUCCCAGGAAUCCGUCACUCAAAACGAAGCGCAUCGGUCGCUAUCUUGUCACGAGCCAUUGCCUUGGGAGUGGAAGCUUUGCCACUGUGCACCUAGCCAUGGAUACGUCAGCAUCUAGGCAAGCCGCAUGCAAGACAAUCAAACGUAAAAGUAAGGACAAGGUCGACAAAGUGAUGAAGGAAGUCGAUAUUCUCCUUUCUCUCGACCAUCCGAACAUCAACCGUGUCUGGGCGGCCAGACAUGACAAUAACUUUGUGCACAUAUUCCUCGAGCUGUGCACCGGAGGCGAUCUCUUCUCGUACAUAGUCGGCCACGAAGACUCCCGGCUGUGCGAAAGCGAAGCCAAAUACAUUAUGUUCCAGCUUGUCAAGGGGCUCAAGUACCUUCAUGACCGACUGAUUUCUCAUCGUGGUAUGUUUCGACCGCGCCCCGAAAAUAUACUUCUCUACACGCCGGGACCUUAUCCUCGGAUCCAGAUCGCCGACUUCGGGUUGGCUCGUCCAAAGGCUUACCAAGAGACCUUCAACGUCUGCGGUACAGUGUCAUACCUCCCUCCCGAAGGCAUCCUGGCCCUAGACCACAAACACCUGGGCUAUGUUGGGAUGCCGGCCGACUGCUGGUCAGCGGGGGUUAUCAUGUACAUCAUGCUCGCCGGUGGCCACCCGUUCGACUACGACAAGCAGGACGGAGAGUCAACCUGGUACUCAUAUCGACCCUCGGAGGAUUUCGACCACUCCCAACUUGGCGAUCUCUCGCAGACGUCUGUUCAAAGCGACCGUAUGGUGAAGAAGCGCAUUGUCCAUGGCGAGGUCGAGUUUCCGUCGUACAUAUGGAGUUCUAUCCCUGACGCUCGAAUGCUUUGCGGCAAUCUGCUCGUCUAUGAUCCCUUGGACCGCGCUACGGUACACUCUGCUCUGAGGAGCGACUGGUUCAGCCGUGAACUGCCCGAGCUGGAGGCCGCCUACCGGGAGCGAAUCGGAUCCAGCUGA